AGAGAGCGAGUGGAAGAGAGAGAAAUUGACUGACCACUUAUAUACCCAACACAAACCUUGUCACAAAUUUUAGGCUCGGGUAAAAAAAAGAAGCUGACUUAAGAAAGUACCUACUUUCCAGGUGUCGGCUAUCUGUCUCGAGUUGACUAACCUACUCAAGUUUCUUCCAACAAGUUAAUAUACGCGAGAGAGCAUGUGUACAGGAAGAUAGGCAUGUCAACAUGUGCACGCGACAAACGUCAAGGGCUUUUGUGUUUUUUUUAAAUAUAAAGUUAUCUUAAAUACCUUCUCCUGCAAGUUUUUAACAUCUUGCAAGACACGCCAGGUUAAGGGAAGAAGAUUGUGGAGCUUUAUGGUUUGGGCGUCAGUUUGAGAUGACAUCUGCCACACCCCCUUCCUCCCAAAGCUCCUCCCCUCAGAAGGUGUGUCACUCCCAGACACAGACAGAUAUUCUAAGGCCCCUAUUGGGCAGUGGUGUAUCCGGCGGGGCCGGGACCUUGAGGAGGAGGAAGCGCGUUCUGUCUAAGGAUGGGCGGAGUAACGUACGCAUUGAGCACAUCAGCGGGCGCUCAGCCCUGUACAUGCGCGACCUCUGGACAACUUUCCUGGAUAUGCAGUGGCGCUGGAAAUUCUUCCUCUUCACCCUUACCUUCACUGGGACGUGGUUCCUCUUCGGGGUUCUGUGGUACCUGGUCGCAUUAGUGCAUGGAGAUCUGCUGGAGUUCGACCCCCCGUCAAACCACACCCCGUGUGUGCUACAGAUGCAGACGCUGACGGGGGCGUUCCUCUUCUCGCUGGAGAGCCAGACCACUAUUGGUUACGGUUUCCGUUGCAUCACGGAGGAGUGUCCCGCCGCCAUCAUCCUCCUCAUCCUGCAGCUCGUCAUCACUAUGGUGAUGGAGAUCUUCAUCACAGGAACCUUCCUCGCCAAGGUGGCUCGGCCAAAGAAGCGAGGUGAGACGGUGAAGUUCAGCCAGCACGCUGUGGUGUCCAGUCAUGAAGGCCGACCCUGCCUCAUGGUUCGAGUGGCCAACAUGAGAAAGAGCCUGUUGCUGGGUUGCCAGGUGACGGGGAAGCUGCUGCAGACGUCUCACACCAAGGAGGGGGAGACGGUGCGUCUGGACCAGAGGAACGUUCCCUUCCAGGUGGACAUGUCCAGCGACAGCCCCUUCCUCAUCCUCCCCCUCACCUUCUACCACAUCAUAGACGACAGCAGCCCGCUGAGGGCCUGGGCCGCCAAGGGUGGGGGAUGGACUGAUCCAGAUCUGGCGGACUUUGAGCUGCUGGUGAUCAUGAGCGCCACGGUGGAGCCCACCUCCGCCACCUGCCAGGUGCGCACCUCCUACCUCCCCGAUGAGAUCCUGUGGGGGUACGAGUUCCCCCCCGUGGUAUCACUGUCCCCCUCAGGGAAGUAUGUGGCCGACUUUGCCUUCUUCGACAAAGUGGCCAAGACCAAGAGCACGCCCCUCUUCCAAACGACCCGCCCGCAGGGUUACCAAGGCAGCGGCGGUGGGGGAGGGGGGGGUGGGGUGGAGUCAGUGGACCUGGAGAAGAUCCGACUGGAGCAGAGCUACAGGGAGAGAGGGGAGGAGGGGAGGGGGAGGGUCAGAGACAGCAGUCCUCUCAGUGUCCGGAUCAGCAAUGUCUGAAAACCUGCAAACUGACAGGAGAACUGGGCUCAAAUACUGCUUUUAGAGGGGAAUCUAGUUCAUUUUUUAAAGUAUUUGAUUGAGUUUCUCUGACUUAAUGGAACCAAUAAACAAGUCGUGAGGUGACACAUUCUGUACAUUUAGUAAUUCAGGCAGACUGAAGCAUGAUAAAAAAAAAUGGAUUUGAAAUAUUUUGAAGUAGUAUUUGAAUCCAGGACUGGCAAACCAAGGAUUCCAAGCAAAGGUCUCUUAUUGUUUACUACAAAUGGUCAAAUGGCUAAAUAAUUGCUUGUUUUUCAUUUGCAUGAAAAUGUGUAUAGAGAGAGAUAAGGAGGAAUGGGAGACAAUGGAGAGGAUCUGAAUGCUUAGUUUUGUCUCAAAUGCCUCAGUAUUUAAUUGGGACACAGUCUUUCUACUGAAACAGCUUCUCAGUCAAAAUGCUGGGCACACUUUAAAAACAUGCAAAUAUGUAACAUUAUAGAUUCUGUGAUGCUUUGUAUUGUUAUUGGUUCUUGUCAGUGCCAAUAUCCUGCAGAAUAUGCUAGCUACAGAACUUGUAACAAUAAUGUCUCAAUGACAAAGAAUGUAGACCUAAUGUGGAUCAAGACUGGGUAUAAAGGAGUCCGAAAAACAUGGUAAUGUCGAUCUAAGGUGCUGUGUAUAGCUUGAGAAAGUGUGGUAGUAGCAUUAUCGGCAAAGAUAUGCAGUGUCUGUUGUUGUUGUUUAUACAGAUAAAACCAGUUAGCACUUUAUUAAGUAACAUUGCACCGAGUUUGUAGCACAUUUGACUCUGGAAUUUAUAUAGAUAGAUUCAUGCUUGAAACCACUAAAAGCACUUUAACACUGAAGACAAUGUUUUAAUUGUGUAUUUUUAUAUAUAAAACAAUUAACAUUUUGUUGAUUUUCCUCUUAAUA